UGAGGGGAGGUGGUGGGGGAGGGGUGCGGUGCCUGACCGGGCGGCCGCCGGGCCCCAAGGGGUUUCCCGGGGACGGCGGUUCCCGUCCGGGGUCUCCUGUAACCGCCAUGGAGGUCUCCGCCCUGCCCAUCCGCCGGUCCCGCCGGGCCCUGGUGGAGGCCGUGAGGGAGCAGCCUUUCCUCAUCGUCACCGGCGAGACGGGCAGCGGCAAAAGCACGCAGCUGCCCAAGUACCUCUUCGAGGCAGGCCUCGCCAAGCACGGGGCCAUUGGCGUCACCCAGCCCCGGCGCGUCGCCACCAUCUCGGUGGCUCGGAGGGUGGCCGAGGAGAUGGGCUGUUUGCUGGGGAGCGUCGUCGGGUACCAGGUCCGCUUCGAUGACUGCACCGCCGAGGAUACUGCCAUCAAGUAUAUGACCGAUGGCUGCUUGUUGAGGCAAAUAUUGGCAGACCCCCUUCUCAGCAAGUACAGUAUCAUCAUUUUGGAUGAAGCCCACGAGCGGAGCCUCAGCACUGAUAUUUUAUUUGGUUUGCUGAAGAAACUAUUUCUACAGAAGAAACCACCAAACAGGAAGACGGCCAUGAAAGUGGUGGUGAUGUCAGCCACCCUGGAGGUAGACAAGCUCUCAGAGUUCUUUGGACACUGUUCAGUGCUGCACAUUCCAGGAAGAAGUUAUCCUGUCAAGGAGAUAUUCUGCAACCUGCUCAGCCCAAGGGACAUAGGCAGCUCUGCAUAUGUUACAGAGGCUGUAAAAGUGACAUUGGAUAUCCAUUUAAAUGAACCAGAAGGCGACAUCUUGGUUUUCCUGACAGGUCAGAUUGAGAUAGAAAGAGCUUGUGACUUACUUUUCAAGAAAGCAGAAUCUGUUGAUUACCGGUAUGAAGUACAUGAUCAGUCUGUUGAAGGCCUGCUUAUCUUACCAUUGUAUGGGUCAAUGUCAACAGAUCAACAGAAAAGAAUAUUUUUGCCAGCUCCCACAGGCAUUAGAAAAUGUGUGGUAUCCACAAACAUUGCUGCAACAUCUCUGACGAUUGAAGGAGUCAGAUAUGUAGUAGACAGUGGAUUUGUGAAGCAGUUGAAUCAUAACCCCCGAGUUGGCUUGGACAUACUGGAGGUGGUUCCCAUUUCAAAUGUGCUGCUUUGGAUAAUAACAGAAGGGAUCAAGAGUUUGGAAUUUUUUUCCCUGCUUUACUGUUUUGGAAGGAGCGAAGCAAGGCAACGAGCUGGCCGAGCUGGCAGGACAUCAUCUGGAAAAAGCUAUCGGCUAUACAGCAAAGAAUUCUGGGAGCAAUGCAUGCCUGAUCACACGGUCCCAGAGAUCAAGAGAACCAGUCUGACAUCUGUGAUCCUGACCUUGAAGUGCCUUUCUGUGCAUGAUGUCAUAAGAUUUCCCUAUUUGGACCGCCCUGAAGAACGGCAUAUUUUGGAAGCUCUCAAGGAACUUUACCAGUGUGAUGCUAUUGACAGGAGAGGCCACGUGACAAGACUGGGUGAAUUCCUGGUGCAGUUUCCCCUCCCUCCCAACCUGACCUGUGCUGUCAUAAAAGCUGCUUCUCUUGACUGUGAAGAUCUGCUGCUUCCCAUAGCAGCCAUGUUGUCUGUGGAAAAUGUCUUCAUUCGUCCAGGUGAUCCUCAGAAGCAAAAGGAGGCUGAGCUUCAACACCAGGAACUUUCUUCACAAGUGGGAGGAUGCAAUGACUUUGCAACCCUCUUAAAUAUUUUUGAACAGUGCAAAGCAAGCAAGUCUCCUUCAGCUUGGUGCCAGAAAUACUGGAUCCAUUGGAGAGCUUUAAAAUCUGCAUUUAGUGUGGAAAAACAACUUCGGGAAAUAAUCAGUAAACUGAAACAGCUGCCAGACUUCCCUAAAGAGACAUUUGAAGGCUCUAGAACUGAAAUAUUAAGAAGAUGUCUAUGUGCGGGAUACUUCAUCAAUGUAGCUCGGAGAUCUGCAGCCAGGACAUUCUGCACAAUGGACGGACAUGGCAGCAUAGUCUAUAUCCAUCCUUCAUCUACACUAUAUAACCAGGAGACCCGCCUCGAGUGGAUCAUCUUCCAUGAUGUCACAGUGACAUCCAAAAUCUAUGUCCGGACAGUGUGUCCUGUUCGCUAUGAAUGGGUCAAAGACUUGUUGCCCAGAUUGCAUCAAAUUGAUGCAUAUGAACUCAGCAGCGUGGCACGGGAAGAAGUAACUGAAGAGGAAAUAACCAAGUGGAAACAUAAGGAGGACCUUAAAAGGCAGUGUGGAGUCACAGACAACUCUACAAAGAAGAUGGAGAGAAGGAAUGAUGAUCAAUCAAUACUGGAUGCCCGAGCGCGCUAUCUUGAGAGAAAGCAGCAAAGAGCACAAGGUUUAAGUGGCCCAAUGAAAGAAACGGUGUAAUACUUGUGGCUGCUCGACUCCCACUGUGAGGAAAGGCGGUUUGGUGCAGUUGUUCUGGGUAUGUUUGCAUAAUGCAAAAUGACUAACUGGAAUGAAGAAAAACUUCUGCUUUGUGGUAAGUUUGAUGCUGAGGCAUACAAACGCAAUCGUCCUUUGCUGCAUCCAGCAAGGAAAAGUCACCAAGCUGAAUUUUAUUGCUACAUGUCACUGGCAACAAUUUAAAGGCCUCAAAUGUGGAUGAAGACAUGAUACAUACUGUGGUGCCAAUUCUGUGGCAUUUAGUUGACUUUAAAAGGUCUCAGUGCCAUUAUUAAUAUAUUUUCUUAAAGUGUUUUGUUUUUUGUUUUUUUUUUAAAGGAGUGGAACUGUCACUUUUUAUCCAUUUUACUUUGUAUGAUUGUGGCUAUACAGUCUUCAUGCUCAUACACUACUCAGGAAAAUGUGUAGGAAGUGCUCUUUUAAUGAUGGAACCAUCAGGAUCCAAAUUCAAAAGGACGUUUGCCACCUGCAUUCUCUGUUGCAGACAGUGUUGUUCCUACUCUGUAUUGUGCUGUACCAUGUACAGUGAUGUUUCUGGGUGAAGAUGUCUUUGUAUACGAAGUAUUUUGUAAAUGUUUUCACAUUCUUGUUAACAAUGCAUAAUUUCUGUCAGGGAUGACUUAGCACUGUGUGUUUCCCAUUUGGCAAAAAAAAAAAUCCCAGCAGUCAAUCCAAUCCUCAGCCAGGUUACGUCCUGCAGUCUGUCAGCAGGCCUGUUGCCUAGUGGGCUGUUUUUCUGAGUUUGGUGGCUGUUAUUUUUAAAAUGUAUGGAUUUCAUUCUGAAGAAGGAGUGUUUCAAACAUGUAGAAAGAACACACAAGGAAACAUUAGCUUUUUGCCUCAACUCAAAUAUGUAAAAAGCGAAGAGCUGUGAUGCUUUGUCAUCAUAAAGUUUGUUUCUUUCUCAAUAAAGAGGUAGUUCCCUUCUGUCACCUUAAUAAUCCUAAAAUGUUCCAGUGCUCUAGUGUGGAGCUUGUCUUUUUUGCUAUUUUUCACUUUCAGUAAGUAAUAUUUUGUAGAAGACAGUUUCCAAAAAAGUGGAAGAACCUACUGUCAUUUUUCAUGCCUUGGUUGUGUGCAGCUGUGUGUCACCUUCAGUUGCUUUUCAGGUAACUAGCUAAUGCUGUUAAAAUGAUGUUGUAAGGAAGCCUGAGCCCUUGGUGUAAAACGUUAAGCGUUCCACCUCUGUACUGCACAGGCUGUAGCUGAUCAUAAGCUUUCAAAAACCUUCGGAUUCGCUUAUGGGGAAUAUGAUAAUAUUAUUCUUCACAAAGAAGGUAGUAGGUCUGAUUAAUUGUUCCUCUCUCUGUGAUUGUACCUAUUAAAAUGAAAAAGCGGAACCUGGCCAAACCUAGCGAAGAAGGUGUGAUUCACGUCUCGAAGAGCUGGAGAGGCUGCAGCGUACGCCGCCGGUUGCCCUGCAGGGCCGAGUGCCGCCUUCCGAAGCUGUAAGAGGCUUAACUCGAGCAACACCGAACUUGUCAACGGCAAUAGCAGGAGCGAGCAGUGAUGCCUGUGGCUGCCCUGCAAGUUUCAGACACGGAGUUCCGAACUGCAGGAGAAUUGCUGCCGCCUGCCCCUUUUCUGUGUGUACAGAGCACAGAAACGGCAGCAAGAUUAAUGCUUUCUAGUUCCUAAGGGAAUGCGUGAAUCGAACAAUUACUGCUUGUGAUCGGUCUUCGUAGGAAGUGGCAUGUUUACGAUUCCUCCUUUGUUGGGCCCUUUAUCCUGGGUUCAGCUGGAAGAGGGUUUUGUUCUUCCACGCUGUUGCCCAGACUCUGCUUCUGAGAAGCCAGCGCUUUUUCUUGACCAAACCUAUAGCCUGAAUUUUGCAAAAGCGUACAAAUUUUUGGUGUUUACUUUGAUUUCGUAUUUGCAAUGUCAUAGCCACUUGCGAGUCCAAUGACAUCUGUACCACGCGCUAGGUCUGAGGUAGUAGUUAGAAUGCCCACUCUUGCUUGGGGCUAUGUAUCUCUCGGGAGAUCCUAAUGCUUAUUUAAUUUUUUUUUUUUUUACUUUCUUAGUAGCAAGAAGGGAGGGGGUUUUUUUUCCUGUUUUCCAGGGCUGCUCAGAGGUUUUGAAAUGGUGAAUUUAAGACAAAGCAAAAAUGGUCUGAGGAAAUAACCAUGAGAUUGCAAAAUAAGGCAAGAUAUAAGAAAAGAAGCGUUGAGGUCUGUCGGGGUGCCGGUGCCUUACAGCGCACCCAGCCUCUCGGUAAAACACUGGGAAUGCCCCGUGUGCCGCGGUCCGGUAGAAAGAGUGAAGUUUUACCUGUUUCCGCGGGCUGGAGUUAACAUUGUGAGUUAAUAAACCCAGAAGGAGAUUUGGUGGAAA